GCGCUGGCAUCCUGGCCAUGGCCAACGCGGGGCCGGACACCAACGGCAGCCAGUUCUUCCAGCUGGGCCCGGCGCAGUGGCUGGAUGGGAAGCACAGCAUCUUCGGGAGGGUCUGCCAGGGCAUGGGGGUGCUGGGCCGGCUGGCCAUGGUGGAGACUAACGCCCAGGACCGGCCCCUCGACGAUGUCAAGGUCAUCAAGGCUUUUCCUUCAGGGUAG